AUGGUAGCCUGCAGAAAUGAGUCGGCUGCCUCUGGGAUCGUACUUAAUGUCUUCUGUGUUUCUCUCCCAUCCAUACGGCCUGGCUCACAGACUCCUGCAGCCGUCUACCUCACUAAUCAGCCAAUCAUGAUGACCAUGGCACCCAUGCCUUUCCCUUCCCCGCAGGCUGCACAGUACUACAUCCUACAGGUUUCUCCUAGUCCUCUUUACUGGCACUAUCACCACAGUCAACCCUAUGUGGGACCUCCUCAGCCGUAUUCUGUUCAGCCCCCAGGGUCUGGCACCUUCUAUACUGGUCCUGGGCCAGGUGAGUACCCUGCCCCAUAUCAUCCCCUCAGGUACCAACCACCUGUCUGGCCCUGUGGCCCUGCUCCCGUUCCCACAGUGGGCCCACCUUACUACCCAGGACAGACUGUGUACCCCCCAUCAACCCCCAUCAUAGUGCCUACACCACAGCAACCUCCACCAGCCAUGCGUGAGAAGAAAACGUUCAGUUCAAUCUGUAUCCGGGACCCCAAUCAGGGUGGCAGAGACAUCACAGAGGAGAUCAUGGCAGGGGGUUCAGGGAGCAGGAAUUCAACGUCUCCUGUAGGUCACCCCUCCUCUACCCCCACCCCACCACAGUUUUUAUGGCCGCACCCUCAUUAUCCUCACAUUUUCUACCUCAAAUCGCAGCAGCUGAGCAGCAUCCAGACUCCAGAGCCAUCGCAGCCGCAGCCGCAGCCUCCUCAACCACAGCAGGCCCACCCUGGAGGCUACACCUUGGAGUCCCUGCAGCCCCAACAGCCGCAGCAGCCGUUGACAACAGGGGCCUCCGACACCAAACCAGGGCCAGAUGAUGCGCCAAAACUGCAGCCAGUUGUCCAGAAGUCUUCCUCACCUGGGCUUGUGCAGCCUGAAGCCCCCGUGGAGAGACCGGAGGCCAACACACCUGAAACUGAGCCCACUCCUCCUGCAAGUGAACCGGAGCUCCCCCCCCCCGCCUCACUCAGCACCCCUGUCAAUCUCCCACUUACAGCGGCCAACUCAAGUGAACGUCCCUCAGCCAGGGAGGAGUCAGCCUCUUCUCACUUGUCCUCAGUCGGGGAGCAGAAACCCUCUUUGGCGCCACCUCAGCCUCCCAACACAGACAAGCCUCUCUUAGACGCCCCAAGAACUCUGGCUGCCUUGUCUGUAGCAGCCCCCAAGGCUUUGAACGGCCUUGCAGAGUCCGGGACUGAGCUGGAGACAGCGGCCCAUGAGCCUUCUCUUAUGCCCCCUGCUGCACUCCAGCCCCAGGCCUCUAGUCCUGCUUACCGAGAAGCCUCCUCUGAAACUUUGCCUUCUGACAUGAGGCCACAGGUUCCCACUGCUGCUGCGCUGGCCCCUAUGGCUCCUGUGGCUGUGGUGCCAGUUACCCUGAGCUCGAGCCCGGCCCCAGCUUUGCCUGUCAUGCUUCCCCCUGGCCUUCCGCCUCUAGUGCAGGCCACGACAGAGGCUGACGAGCCGAGCAAAUCCAUAGACACUAAAGACCUUGUACCCGGAGCAGGGACGGAGGCACAAGGUGGCAUUACUGACAGCAAGACAGAGUCCCAGCAUCCAGCACUCAUCAGGAAUAGCCCCACAACAGAUGAUGCGCCAAAACUGCAGCCAGUUGUCCAGAAGUCUUCCUCACCUGGGCUUGUGCAGCCUGAAGCCCCCGUGGAGAGACCGGAGGCCAACACACCUGAAACUGAGCCCACUCCUCCUGCAAGUGAACGUCCCUCAGCCGGGGAGUCAGCCUCUUCUCACUUGUCCUCAGUCGGGGAGCAGAAACCCUCUUUGGCGCCACCUCAGCCUCCCAACACAGACAAGCCUCUCUUAGACGCCCCAAGAACUCUGGCUGCCUUGUCUGUAGCAGCCCCCAAGGCUUUGAAUGGCCUUGUAGAGUCCGGGACUGAGCUGGAGACAGCGGCCCAUGAGCCUUCUCUUAUGCCCCCUGCUGCACUCCAGCCCCAGGCCUCUAGUCCUGCUUACCGAGAAGCCUCCUCUGAAACUUUGCCUUCUGACAUGAGGCCACAGGUUCCCAUUGCUGCUGCGCUGGCCCCUAUGGCUCCUGUGGCUGUGGUGCCAGUUACCCUGAGCUCGAGCCCGGCCCCAGCUUUGCCCGUCAUGCUUCCCCCUGGCCUUCCGCCUCUAGUGCAGGCCACAACAGAGGCUGACGAGCCGAGCAAAUCCAUAGACACUAAAGACCUUGUACCCGGAGCAGGGACGGAGAUGUCAGUGGAUCAACCUGCUGGAGACAGCGACAGCGGAGCCACCCCUGGGGACAAGGAGAAUUCCACAGGAGCUCCACAGGAUAGAAAAGACCUGGCCAAUCCCAGUGGGCCGCUUCAGUAUGACAGGGAUUUCCUGUUGAGCUUCCAGUUCAAGCCUGCCUGCACACAGAAGCCUGAGGGACACCCUGUAAUCCCUGGCGUGGUGCUAGACCAGAUGAACCAAAACAAGUUGCCAUCUCGAGUCGUGGAUUCUCGGGUGAUUUCGAGAGGACCUGAUUUCACACCUGCCUCUGCAGAUUUUGGCAGACAGAAGAAGAAAGGACGAGGCGCUCCACUUAAAAACAUUGGGGCGCAGCAACCACGACCCAGGAGGAUCAUCACCCUGUCUAUGCACGACGAUGUUCAGCCGAAGAAAUCAGAGAAUGCCUGGAAAGCAGGCAUGAAGAGGAAAAGCCUCCCAGCGGAAUUAGAGUCACAGAGAACACAGGACCUGUUCAAGAAGGUCCGCAGUAUACUGAACAAGCUGACACCUGACAACUUCAAGCAGCUGAUGAAGCAGGUGACGGACUGGACCAUCGAGACGGAGGAGCGGCUCAAAGGAGUCAUUGACCUGGUGUUUGAAAAAGCCAUCACCGAGCCCAACUUCUCGGUGGCCUACGGGAACAUGUGCCACUGCCUCGCCACGAUCAAAGUGCCCACAACUGACGAACCCAACAACACAGUGAACUUUCGCAAGCUGCUGCUAAUCCGCUGUCAGCAGGAGUUUAAGAAAGACAAGGUGGACGAUGUGGUGUUGGAGAGGAAGCAGAAGGAGCUGGAAUCUGCUGUAUCGGUAAGUACGGAGCGUGACCGUCUUCAGCUAGAGCUGCAGGAGGCCAAGAUGAUCCGGCGGCGUUCCAUCGGCAACAUCAAGUUCAUCGGCGAACUCUUCAAGCUCAAGAUGUUAACGGAGACCAUCAUGCAUGAAUGCGUGGUCAAGCUGCUGAAGAACCACGACCAAGAGUCUUUAGAGUGUCUGUGCACACUCCUCACCACCAUCGGCAAGGAGCUUGACUUUGAGCAGGCCAAGCCUCGGAUGGAUCAGUAUAUAAACCAGAUGGAAAAAAUCAUCAAAGACGAGAAGACAUUGACCCGGAUAAAAUUCAUGUUACGGAGCAUUAUAGAACUGAGAUUGCACAACUGGGUGCCUAGAAAACCAGACCAGGGUCCAAAAACCAUAGACCAGAUCCAUCAAAUGGCAAUGAUUGAAGAGCAGGAAGAAAACAGAAGAGUGCAGCAGCUACUGCUCUCUAUGAACAACCAGAGAGGGCCAGAUCAGACAGAUCAGCGCGUAGAGAGAGAGGAGACCUGGAACACUGUGCCCAUGACGAAGAUCCCAAAGAUCUCCAAGCCUCAAAUGGACGAGAACAUCCACUUGGUCCCCUGGGCUCAAGUCACAUGGGUGAAGGGCAGCAGUGGAGGAGCCAAGCCCAGUGAACUAUCACGCACAAUGGGCCCUAACCGUUUCUCAGCGCUGCAGUUCACCCCCUCACCUCAACCCUCCACCACUCCUCAACCUGAGGUCCCAGACUCUGGACCAGAGGUCGAGGACCCAGAGCCCAUGGUCCCAGACCUCAGCAUUUUAGGAGGAGCGACACGAAAAAAAACCAGGAAAGGAAGAAAAAAGUGA